CAUCUUCACACCUCGUUCGCGCGGCCAAGAGGGGUAACCACAAACCCGUAUAUCUUCUGGGACUUCAGUUCCCAUUGUAAUUUUGGAGUAUGACAUGAUACAGCCCUUGCGGAAGCUGCGCGGUUACGAACAAUAGUUACAACACUAAGAACAUCCAUUGUCCGCUUCGACCACUCACACUACUCGAUCUCACGUGCUCUACAGACCAGGGACGACUAUUAAAAAGAUGGCACUUCCUUUGAGAAACACAACACAGGGGCCUUCCGAACGCCUGGAAGAGAUACUUUCAAGUGAAAAUCGAAUAGAAGAGCUGUCAGAUUCAGAGCUCGGUUCAGAAGACGAAUACGAAGACAUGGGCACAGCAACACUUGAGGAGCAGGCGAACAUCGCCUAUUUGGAGAGCAUGCAAAUACCGAUUAAGGAAAACCUCCAAACUAAGACGUCGAAAACGCAGGACGAAACAAUCAAAGUCAUAUUGCCAUUCCUGGAGGGGAACCCCAACGGUUUCCCACUAAACUCACACGGCCUUGCACAGCUCCAACGAAAAAAACAUGUGGAAUACCUGGAAGACGCACUGGAUGACUAUCCUUCAGGAUUUGCUAUGAUGGACGCUUCACGGCCAUGGAUUAUCUACUGGGCCUUGCAAGGCUUGACAUCGCUGGGCAAAGACAUUUCAGAACACCAGCGGAGAACAGCACACACUUUCUCGCUGGCCCAGCAUCCCGAAGGUGGCUUUGGUGGUGGCUUUGGUCAACUUGCGCAUCUCGCAUGCUCCUACGCUGCGACGCUCUCCCUAGCAAUGGCUGGUGGCGAAGCUACAUACGAAUCAAUCAAUCGUAGGAAGAUGUGGCACUUCCUGGGACGCAUGAAGCAAGCAGACGGAGGCUUCACCAUGUGCGAGGGCGGCGAGGAGGACAUAAGAGGUGCCUUCUGCGCAAUGGUUAUCUUAUCGCUACUUGAUCUACCCUUGGAGCUGCCCAACGAUUCUCCAGCUCGACGAUCCGGCCUCACCACGUUCACCGACAACCUCGGGACCUGGGUUUCAAAGUGCCAAUCUUGGGACGGGGGUAUUUCUGCGGCGCCCGGCAAUGAAGCCCACGGUGCGUAUGCAUUCUGCGGUCUAGGGUGUCUCUCUAUCCUCGGCGCUCCAAAAGAGACCCUGAACAAGUACCUCAACAUCCCACUACUUGUCCACUGGAUGUCGUCCCGCCAAUGCACUCCUGAGGGCGGUUACAAUGGCCGCACUAACAAACUCGUCGACGGUUGCUACUCGCAUUGGGUGGGCGGCUGCUGGUCGCUCAUCGAAGCUGCAACGACGACUGGGAUCUGGAACCGCGCGGCACUUGGGCGCUACAUUCUCGCAGCUGCUCAAGACAAGAGGGGCGGCCUGAGAGAUAAGCCUGGCAAGCGCUCAGAUGCUUAUCAUACUUGCUACAAUUUGGCCGGAUUGAGCGCUGCACAGCACCGCUAUGUAUACGAUGACAGUAUCAAUAAGAAUCUUGGGCAGGUUGGAUUGGGUGCGCCAUUUCGUUGGAAGACCGAAGGACUGUAUGAGGAGGACAACGUUUGGGACGUAAGCGACAUUGUGGGAAAGACCCAUCCCGUCUUUAUCAUUCCAUUCAGAGCUGUGUACGAGUGUAGGAAAUAUUUCGAGGACAAAGAGGGCUUCUAAGCAGUUGUUCAUACUAUUUGCUUGUCAUAGGUUGAUAAUUCAUACACACUUAGUCUGGAAGCAGAGUCAGAUCUCCAAUGCUGUGAACGAUGUGUCACUGCUCAUGCGUCCAUGUAGACCACAAGCGGCGGCCCUCCAGCCUUCGGCUUGACAAAGGAUUUGAUGGCUGCAUGCGCCUCACACUCAUUAUCGUAGUAGUCCAUGUCCGCUUUCGAGUCGAAGACCGUGCGGGCGACAAGCGUGUAGCCCUGGCUCCUAGGGUCGUCGUGCGGCUGAUGAGCCGUUGCUUG